UGCCGGGCUACAGUUGGUCUGCGCUGAAAGAUUCUAAACCGCGGACUUUGGCCGCUGGGAUGUUGUGGCGAGACCCGGCUAGCUUAUCUCUAGUACUGUUGUCCCGUUCAGGAUGCAGCGAAAAGCGGAGGGGACGGCGAGAUGUCUCUGAAGCCCGUAGGCUCUGCGAUGAAGAAGAUUUUUGGCUUUCGGAGUAGGAAGGGCGAGUCGCCCCGGGUCUCCCUCACCAGCCGGAGGAGGGCCGGCGCGGGCGUCGGGCAUGAGAGUAGUGAUGGAGUCAGCUCACGGCCCGGGUACCACCUCCGAGACGAGGAUCUCGGAAAGAUCCACAAAGCUGCCAGCGUGGGCAACGUAGCGAAAGUGCAGCAGAUUCUGUUGCUUGGGAAAAGUGGCUUGAAUGAUAGAGACAAGUUGAACAGGACUGCUCUGCAUUUGGCCUGUGCCAAUGGCUAUCCAGAAGUGGUAACUCUCCUUGUAGAGAGAAAAUGCCAGCUUAACCUUUGUGACAGUGAAAACAGAACAGCUCUGAUAAAGGCCGUACAAUGCCAGCAAGAGGAAUGUGCAACUAUUCUGCUAGAACAUGGUGCUGAUCCAAAUCUUACGGACAUCAGUGGCAAUACUGCUCUCCACUAUGCUGCUCGUGGUGAGAAUCUGUCAAUAGCAGCAAAGCUGCUUUCACACAAUGCAAAUAUCGAAGCAAGAAACAAGGAUGACCUCACACCACUUUUACUUGCUGUGAGUGAAAACAAACAGCAAAUGGUGGAAUUUUUAGUAAAGAAAGAAGCAAAUAUACAUGCAGUCGAUAAGAUGAAAAGCAAUUGCCAACUAAUUUCUGAAUAUAAAGAAGAAAAGAGACCUAAAACUUCUUCUCAAAAUAGCAAUCCAGUGGAUGAGAGUUCUGAAGAAUACUCUUUAAGCAGGCUUUCCAAUAAACCUGGCGUUGAUGAUUCAUGGCCUACUUCGGAUGAUGAAGGCUUAGAUUUUGAUACCAAGAAUGUCUCGAAACCAAGCUUAACAAAGCUAAUGACUGCUUUCCAGCAAUCCAAGAAAAACAUAGAAUCAAAACGUGAUAUUGUGAGACCAGAAAAUAGAACGUUAUUUGAGGACAAUAAUUCUGAUAGUGAAAAUGAAGGUGUGGUUGAAACCCUUCCCAAACCAUCAAUCAAAGUCCAGGGCUUUUCUCAUUUUGCCUUUCCAUCACCUGAACCUCUUCUAAAACCUUCUAUGAGGCCUUUUGCAGACCUUGAUCUUACGAAGGAAGGAGCAACAAAGCCAGAAAUUGCAAAAAAAGAAAAUGGUAUUGAUGUUACUGAAAGUGCUCCACAACAGCAAACAAAUAAUGACAAUUUGACCUCUGUUGAUGGAGCACACAAAGAUAAUAGAAGUGAUCUGAUGUCAGCAUUAGGAUUAGGAGAAGAGGAAGAUGUAGAAUCACCUUGGGAUUCUGAGAGUAUUUCUGAGAGUCUUCCACAGAAGUAUGUUGAUCAUUUAUCUGGACCUGCAGACCAAAGAGGAAAAAAUAUAUUAAAUGAACAAGUAGAAGAUGUGUUUUAUAUACCUUCUUGCAUGAGUGGAUCAAGAAACUUUAAGAUGGCUAAACUAGAGGAUAAAAGAUGUGUAGGCACACCAGUAGCCCACAUGGAUUCUCCUGAAAAAUAUUCUCACUUGCAGCCUACCAUUGAAGUGAAAGAUUCUGUUCCUGAUAAAGCAAUAGGAGUGAAGGAUGUGCAAACAUCCAGAUCAGCAGAAGUAAACUUAGAAAUCGCAUCAGAAGAAGAGCAAGAAACACUUGAUGGAAGUGAAAAUAACCACCCACAGGUUGAAGAAGAAAAGAAGAAGCACAAAAGUAGUGAAAUGGAAGUAGCAGAAAACAUAGAUAUUGCUGCUGCUGCUGCUGCUGAGGAUAGAUUUAUUCAACAAACAAAGAGUGGACCAGCUGAUAACCAGCACUUUCCUAUUAUGGAGAAUGAAGAUUCUGAUAGUGGUCCUGGCUUGCAUAUGAAGGAAGUAAAGAAAAAUGAAGAUGAGAAACGGACAUCAAAAGAGUCUGUGAUUACCCCGGUGUUUGAAAAGGCCAGUUCACUAACUGGUGGUCUGCUACAAGUGAAUGAUGACAGCAGUUUAAGUGAAACAGAUCAGGAUGAUGGAAGGCCUGCAAAGAAAACAUCUAAUGAAAAGAACAAGGUCAAAAGGCAAAUUAUUUCUAUGGAUGACCUUGCUGAUUUAACUCAGUCGUCUGAAUCAGCUUCAGAGGAUUGCGAGUUGCCAUGCUCCAAUUAUAUGAAUUCCAUGUUGCUAAUUGAACGACUUGGCAUGGAUUGUAAAGAUUCUGUUAGCCUAUUGAAAAUCCAGAAUGCAGUUCUUUCAUAUGAAAGAUUAAUAGAACUUAAAAAAAAUCACUGUGAAUUACUUACAGGAAAAAUUAAAAAAAUGGAAAAUAAGAUUAGUGGACUACAAAAGGAGCUUUCAGAAACAAAAGAAAUAAAAUCGCAGUUAGAGCAUCAAAAAGUGGAAUGGGAACGAGAAGUCUGCAGUUUGAGAUUUACCUUAAAACAAGAAGAAGAGAAGAGAAGAACUGCUGAUAAGUUAUAUGAAAAAGUUAGGGAGCAGUUAAGGAGAAAAGAAGAGCAAUAUAGUAAAGAAGUUGAAAUGAAACAACAACUUGAACUCACUCUUAGAACACUAGACAUGGAAUUGAGGACUGUAAGAAAUAAUUUGAAUCAAGUUGUAGAAGAGCGAAAUGACACUCAGAGGCAACUCUCUCGAGAACAGAAUGCCAGAAUGUUACAGGAUGGAAUUCUGACCAAUCACCUUUGCAAACAAAAGGAGAUAGAAAUGGCUCAUAAGAAAUUGAAUACUGAGGUUUCUGAUAGUCGUGACAAAGAAAAAGAUCUGUUGCAUAAAAACCACAUGCUACAGGAUGAAAUUGCCAUGCUAAGACUGGAAAUAGACACAAUAAAAAAUCAGAACAAGGAAAAGGAAAAGAAAUAUUAUGAGGAAAUUGAAAGUGUAAAAGAAAAGAAUGAUGAUCUUCAAAAGACAAUAAAACUGAAUGAGGAAACAUUAACAAAAACAAUAUUCCAGUAUAGUGGACAGCUUAAUGUUCUGACAGCUGAGAAUACGGUGCUAAACUCUAAACUGGAGAAUGAAAAACAAAACAAAGAAAGACUGGAGACAGAAGUUGAAUCAUACCGUUCUAGACUGGCUACUGCUAUCCAUGAUCAUGAUCAAAGCCAGACAUCAAAAAAAGACCUAGACCUUGCUUUCCAGAGAGCAAGAGAUGAGUGGUUUCGUUUACAAGACAAAAUGAAUUUUGAUGUAUCUAAUCUAAAAGAUAGUAAUGAGAUUCUGUCUCAACAACUUUCUAAAGCUGAAAGUAAAGUCAAUAGCCUAGAAAUUGAGCUCCAUCACACAAGAGAUGUUCUCAGAGAAAAGACUUUGGUUUUAGAACGUGUACAAAGCGACCUAAACCAAACACAGUGUCAAAAGAAGGAAAUUGAACACAUGUAUCAAAGUGAACAAGGUAAAGUGAAUAAAUACAUUGGAAAGCAGGAAUCCUUAGAGGAGAGAUUAUCUCAACUACAAAGUGAAAAUAUGUUGCUUCGACAGCAACUGGAUGAUGCUCACAACAAAGCUGAUAGUAAAGACAAGACAGUAAUUAAUAUCCAAGACCAGUUUCAGGAUAUUGUAACAAAACUUCAAGCCAAAAGUGAAAAGCAAGGUCUUAUGCUGGAAGAAAGAAAUAAGGAGUUAAUGGAUGAAUGUAAUCAUUUAAAAGAAAGAAUGUAUCAGUACGAAAAUGAGAAAGCAGAAAGAGAAGUAGUUGUGAGACAACUUCAACAAGAACUGGCUGAUACCCUAAAAAAGCAAUCCAUGUCAGAGGCUUCACUGGAGGUUACAUCACGAUAUCGUAUUAGUUUAGAAGAUGAGACACAGGAUUUAAAGAAGAAAUUAGGUCAAAUCAGAAAUCAAUUGCAAGAAGCACAGGAUCGACAUAUAGAGGCUGUAAGAUGUGCUGAGAAGACGCAAGAUCACGUACAAAAGCUUGAAAUUGAAAAUGCCAAGUUAAAAGUUACAAUCAAAAAGCAAGCGGGCAAAAUUGAACAGCUUCAGAAAAACCUGUUAGGUACAAGUUCGUCUGAGGAUGAAAAGGAACAAUUAAAGAAAUUUACUGAGUUAAAACAAUCUCUGGAAUAUAGUUUGGAUCAAGAAAUGAAGAAAAAUAGUGAAUUAGAAAAAGAGAUUACUGGAUUUAAGAAACUCUUAAAAAUGACAAGAAAGAAGUUAAAUGAAUAUGAGAAUGGAGAGCUUAGUUUCCAGGGAGAUUUAAAAACCAAUCAAAUUGAAAUGGAUAUUCAUAUUAAUAUGCUAAAACAUAAGAUUGAUGAUCUUACAGCAAAACUGGAAACUGCAUCUUCAAAAUGUGUACAUCUGGAUGCAGAAAAGCAAGUUCUUCAACAGGAAUUAUUAUCUAUGAAAGCAAUACAAAAGAAAUGUGAAAAACUAGAGAAGAGUAAAAGGAAGUUGGAACAAGAAGUGGUAAAUCUCAGAAGUCACAUAGAAAUGAAUAUGGUGGAACACAGUCAAGUAGAACAGUAUAAAUGGGAGAUUGAAGAAAGAGCAAGACAGGAUAUAGUAGAAAAAUUAAAAGAAGUCAAUCUAUUUUUGCAGACACAAGCAGCAGCUCAAGAAAACUUAGAGCAGUUAAGAGAGAAUAAUAAUGCUUCAAUAAGAAGUCAAAUGGAACAUAGAAUUAAAGAUCUGGAAUCUGAACUCUCCAAAAUGAAAAUUUCUCAAGAAGAUUUUAAUAAAACAGAAUUGGAAAAAUAUAAGCAACUCUAUCUAGAAGAAUCAAAAGUUAGAAAAUCAUUGGAAAAUAAACUAAACAAGACUAAUGAGAGGCUGGCAGAGAUCAGUACUGAACUUCUCCUGAAGAAAGAGCAGAACAGAUCUUUACUCAGCACUCUUACUACGAGGCCAGGCCUGGAGCCGCCUUGUGUUGGAAAUCAUAAUAGUAGUUUAGUGCUCAACAGAAAUCUUACUCCAAGAGAAAACUUGGUGAUUCCUUCCUCAAGGCCACGGCCUUCGAAUAACAGCAUGGAGACUUACUAUACCAAGAUGCAGCAGGAGUUGGAAAAAAAUAUAACUAGAGAACUAGAAGAAGCUGCUGCUGAAUUUGAAUCUGGACCCUGUAGAGCUUCUCCUCUAGGAUCUACUGAUGAGUCAAAUCUAAGUCAAGAUCUGCUUUUGAAAACGUCACAAGAAUAUGUCCAGAUUUUGAAGAAAAAUUAUAUGAUCUGAAAAAUAAAUAGUAAAAAUUUAUUUACUAGGCUUAGUUU